AUGCCCAUUCCAAAAGAGAUCGUUGAUUGGAAUAUACUGAAUGAAAUAGUCUCUAUGGAUGAGGACGAUCCGGAGUUCUCAAAAGGAUUGAUUAUACAGUAUUUCGAGCAGGCAGAGACGACGUUCCGGCAGAUGCAAACGAACCUGGAAGAUGCCGGAGAUCUGAAGAGUUUGGCGAAUCUGGGUCAUUUCUUGAAAGGGUCGUCUGCGGCAUUGGGGUUGCAGAGGAUCGCGUGGGUGUGUGAGCGGAUUCAGAACCUGGGGAGAAAGAAGGAGAAUCGGUUCCCUGAGAAGAAAUAUUUGGUGUACCAAUCGCCGCUAGAAAUUCCAAAGCCGGGCGAGUACAUGGACACGCGGAUUGGAGACUCGCACGAGGAUUCGUUCUACUUGAAGUUGAUCUCAGAAGCUCUGGAACAGGCUAGAUACGAGUUUUCGUUGGCAAGGAAGGAAUUGUCCGCGUACUACGGUGCCGAGCUGUAG